AUGUAUUUUGUCUCUCUCUCUCUCUCUCUCUCUCUCUCUCCCCAGAUACGUGUCUGUCUCUCUAGAUUUCACUCUGAUGUAUGUGUAUUUAUCUUUCUUUACAGAUGUGUAUUUUGUCUAUCUCUAGAUAUGCAUUUGCCUCUCUCUCCAUAUGUCCGUCUCCAAAUAUUUACUGUCAUGCAAGAUAGGUGUGCAUUUCUCUCUCCAGGUGUAUAUCUGUCUGUCUCUUCAUCUAAAUGUGUAUUUGUCUAUCUCUCCAAAUAUGUUCUUGUCUCUCUGCCCAGAUGUGUAUUUGUCUUUUUUUCUCUAAAUAUGUAUUUUUCUGUCUCUUUUGAUGUGCACUUGUUUUUUUCUCUUAAGAUGUGUAUUGCCUCUCUCUCUCUCUCUCUCUCUCUCUCUCUCUCUCUCCCCAGAUGUGUCUCUCUUUCUCAAGAUAUGUAUUUCUCUCUUCAGACAUAUAUUUCUAUGUACUCUCUCUAUCUCUCUCUCUCUCUCUCUUCUCUCUUUAUCUAUCUAUCUCCAGAUGGUUAUUUUGUUUAUCUCUCCGGAGGUCUGUCUCUCAAUAUAUAUGUAUAUAUCUCUCUCUCCAGAUAUUUAUUUUGUCUCACUCUCUCUCUCUCUCCAGAUGGUUAUUUUAUUUAUCUCCCCAGAGGUCUGUCUCUCAAAAUAUGUACUUGUCUGAAUCUCUAG